CAUUCACUUUAACAUGAGCAGUGCUUGAUAAAAAAGAAAAAAAAAGAAACAUAUAUAUAUUAAAUACAAUAUUCUCUAAUUUGUGAUUUCUAAAUAAUAGGAUUGUGUGGCCAAAGAUAAGAAAAUAAGUUAUUUAUUUGUACUAAUUUACUCAAAGGUUACAUGUGUUUUGUGAAAACACAGUCAAAUGAUGAAGAGCUAAGGACUAGACUACCACUAGACUUAUGGCAACUCUUUUGAAGAUGCUUACUUCCCUUGUGUGUAUAACACUCUGCUGUUCUGUGCUUAAAAGUAUUGUUCACAAUGAAGGAUCACAAAAAGAAGGUUUUGAUAGCAGUGGAUCAAUUCUGUACACGGAACAAGGUACAUACCAGCAAGAUGUACAUUUCUACGAAAUGAACUCGUUAAAAGAAAUUCAGAAUGUAAUCUCUGAUUAUGAAUGCAAUGCAUACAACCUAACUGUUGACUGUUCAGGAUUAAAUAUAAAGAAAAUAAAUUCUUCGUGGUUCCGUAAUAGCACCGAAAUUAUACUCCUUAACAAUAAUGCUAUCCAAAAGUUAGACAAUUCAACCUUUGUUAACUUGUAUCAUUUAAAGCAUUUAGAUAUAUCCAACAAUAUGAUUUCCCAUAUUGAACUCCUCGCCUUUGAGGGUUUGAUAAACCUCAAAAGUUUGAUUCUUCGAUAUAAUGAAAUCACUUUUGAACAAAUUUCGCCUUUUAUAUUUAAGCCCUUGUAUAAUUUGGAGCAUUUGGAUUUGAUACAAAAACUAACUACACAGAAAUCUGAUGCUCCAGUUUUAAUGUUACAGCCGCUAACACAAUUAAGGAAUCUGUCUAUUAGUACAGUUAGGUAUGUACUCUAUUUUGAACCAGAGUUUCUAAACUUUACAAGUUUGGAAGCGUUGGAGAUUACAGGAUCCACACGAAAUAUAACAGACUCAUCGUUUGAGAAUGUCAAGGGAUUGAAGGAACUGUUUCUAAGAGACAUGGUGUCAAUGAGCUUUAUGGACGAUCAUGUUUUUGUUCAUCUGAAGAACCUAACACGUCUCAGGUUCAACACAUUUGUGAUUGACCUGCAGCACGUUUUGUCUCUCUUAUGGCCAUUUCGAGGCAGAAACAUGUCCGAGAUGUUUUUUCAAGGCGUCACGACGUCACGAUUAUUGCCAAAUCCGAUCAAAAAUGGUUUUCUUACACAGCGAGACUUCGUGCAUCUAACACAUGUAUGUGUUGAAUCAGUUUCACUAAUAUUUGGUAACAUUUAUUAUAUAACGGCCAAUGCCUUCAUCAACAGAACUACAUGGAACAGCUGUCUACGUCAUGUAGCUAUAUCCGGCAACGCUCUAGUUGGCAGUUCAGCUGCCUUAUUUCCACUUGGGUUGUUAGCUAAUUUAGAAACGGUAGUAAUUAAUAACGCAUUGCGACCAUGUCUGUCUUUUUCUCCGUUCCCUCCUGUCAUUGUAAAUGAAAACUGUGCUCUGGAACCUACAGUCAGCGAUAAUUUGUCUUUAAGUGAUGACAUUUCUUUUCGGACUAUAAUACGAGGUAGAGAUAGCUACAAACUACAAGAGGAGUCAUACACCAUGACUACUGAAUUAUUCUAUAUUGUAAAAGAGAAUAUUUAUUUAGAGCUAUCUAAUCAUUUACUAAGUUUGAAUCUACAACGAUUGUUUGCUAACUUUGCAUUGAGUUGGAAUAUCGUAAUACUUGGAGCUAAAAAGUUACAAUACAUAGAUAUAUCAGAUAGCGGAUUUACAACAUUCGUUGGUAGUGUUCAAGGUCUAUCAACUCUGCGAACUGCAAUACUUUCAGGAAAUGAUGUCUCCAUUCUCUCCGAGUCAUUUUUUUAUGCAUUCUAUGGAUUGGAAAACUUGGCACUUUCUAAAUGCCAACUUGAUAAGAACUUAUUUGCUACUAGAAGCGAUCGCAUUUUUAAAAAUAAUACGAAACUAAAAGAACUUGAUAUAUCAGACAAUUAUCUAAACGGACUAAGUAAAGGGACGUUCUCUAAAAAUUCGGAACUAAUAUAUUUAAGUUUGUCUGGCAAUCAAUUCAAAGAAAUUCCAUUUGAUCUGAACUUUACACAAAAUCUUAAAAUUUUAAAUAUAAGUAAUAAUGUUAUCACUAGUCUCACAGCGGAAGCCACAGCAGCCAUUGAUUUCUUAAAUUCAAGGAACGGAGGAUUUCAGCUCAUGUUAAAUGGAAACAUACUUUCUUGUGGUUGUCAUGAUUUAUCAUUUCUUCAAUGGUUGAAUUCAACUUUAGUUAGUUUAGACAACAAUAGAAACUACACCUGCAUGAACAAAGAUGGUGAAAGGACAAACACAUUGACGUUCUCUGAUCUAGAAUCUCUCUGGAGACAAUGUUGGGGCGAAUUCUUCUUUUACAUCGCAAUGAUAGUUUUAUGUCUUUAUAUUAUUGGGGUAGUCUUAAUGUUUCUGGUGUUGAAGAAUAAAAACUUUUUUGUGUCGUUUUUCUUACAUAUUGUUGGCAAUUUCAAACUUCAUGCCAGAUCGGAUUAUAAAACAGAUGUUUAUAUUGGCUAUUCAGAUGAGGACUAUCGAUUUCCUUGUAAAGAUUUAAGACAGCAUUUAGAAAAAGAUUUAAAGCUUAGUACAUAUUUAAUCGACAGAGAUCUUUUGGCUUCUUUGGACAAAGCCAGUGGUAUCGUGAAUGCAAUCAACUCUUGUUGGAGAGUUUUACUUGUAUGUAGCAAGAGCUUCUUAAAGGACGAGGACUGGUCAAUGUUUACAAUGAGGUCAGCCAUGUACGCACAAAGUCCGGCUAAUCCUGCAAGAAUUGUUUUAAUGGUUCAUACGAGUUGUCUCUCUUUGCUUCCCACUGAACUGUUAAGUGUCGUCAAUGAUGAAAAUAUUUUAGUUGUUUCUGAGUGGAAAAUAAACUACAUUCUAAGUGAAAAGUUGAGAACACGUUUGGUAGCUUAAAUCUUUUGGUAUCUUCACAACUAUUACCAACAGUUUACAUAAGCAUCUAUUAGCAUCAUAAGAUUUAUAUACUAAUUUUUACAAGUUAAUUUCACAAUAGACACGAAAAUCAUGCUUGUAUUGUAAUAUUAUUUUUGUUUUGACUUUGAUUGUGUUGCAAUAUACUUUUGUUUUGUCUUUGAUUGUAUAAAGCAAAUCCACAUUUCCAAAUAAUAAAUACACUAAUUUUGUUUACAAUAUAACUUUUUAAGUUCACCUUUUUACUUUCUUGAUAAGAAACACCCUUGUUAAACAAAAAUAUAUGAUAUAUUCUUUGUCACCAGAAAAUGUUUAUUGUUUCUACUGUCGCCGAAUGGAAAAGCAUAAAAAAUCUCCUUUUUAGCGCCCCCAUAAGGGGAAAAGACGCUAUUAGUUUUGUGUAGAAUGUCCGUCUGUCUGUCGUCUGUCCGUCCGUCCUGUUUAGAUCUCGUAAACUAGGAAAGAUAGUAAAAAUCCGAUAUCAUAAUAAUUUAGACCAUUCAAAGUUCCGAUGCAACGGCUUUUUUUUCUUUUCCGAAAGCGAAAAAUCUAAUUUUUUAAAUCACUUAUGCAUGCUGUUUUUUUUUUUCAUAAAAAUACACCACU